CCCUCCCAACUUGCCGCCGGGACCCGCGCGCAGGCGGCCUCCCCCGCCUCGACUAGUACCGAUAAAGAAGACAUGUUGGAUAACAGGAAGAGCUAUAGAGUUUGCAGAUAUCAACUGUGGCCUUAAUAAGCAAGCACGUUAGUAGCAUCAAUGCCAGACAGAUGGUCCUAUUACUGCUGGAUUGUACAAGAUAUUUAACCGUGUUUUCUUUGAGGUAUGACUUAAAUAUCAAACAUCUUAAAUAAGAAAAGGGGAACAUUUUAGUUUUGGAAGUCAGAAUGCCAAGGAGAAAGAAAAAUCUUGGGGGAAAUCCUUUUCGGAAGACUGCAAGCUCUCAGGAAGUUGUAUCCAGUAUGGCUAGUCGUGAGGAGCCACCCACUACUCUUCCUUCCAUGUGUGAGACAAAAGUUGAUCGGGAGGAACUCUUCACCAGUAUCUCAGAGAUGUUUUCAGAUCUGGACCCUGAUGUAGUGUAUUUGAUGCUUUCUGAAUGUGAUUUCAAAGUUGAAAAUGCAAUGGAUUGUCUAUUAGAAUUAUCUGCCACUGAUGCCAAGGUAGAAGAAUCAUCUUUAAAAAGCUUUGUUGCCUCCGAGAACCAAGUAAGUGCUGUGGGACGUGAAAUAAUGGAAAAAUAUACUCCUGAAGAAGAGAGGGAAGAUUCAAAAAUGGAUUCGUUUUUGGACAUGCAGCUAACUGAAGACUUGGAUUCCUUAAUACAGAAUGCUUUUGAGAAAUUGAACUCUUCUCCUGAUGACCAAGUAUACUCAUUUUUGCCUUUGCAAGGUGUUAAUAGUUUUAGUGACCCGAGUGCAUUUAUAAAUUCAGAUUCAAGUAAUAUGACUCCCAUUCUUUCUACACAGAAUAUGGAUUUGGACAGUGAAAAUUUGGAGAAUUCUGCCUCUGCAUUAAGUUCAAACACCUUAAUUUCACAUUCUGUUUCUGAUGAGUCCAAAAAUUUUAUAAAGGAUGACAUAUUGGCAUUGGAAGAUCCUCUUCUCAGUAGUUCUUUAAAUGUAGCAAAUGACACUAUGGUGAGUAGUAGCAAUCUCAGUCAAAGGCAGAAAGAGCUUUUAGAAUCUGAGUGUGUUGAGACUCCGUUCUCUCAAGCCCCUGUAGAUUUGGAUGCCAGUGAACCUCAGGCUCCUUUAAGCCUUACUGCGCAAAAUUUGGGGCUUGAUUUACUAGGUACAAGUGGGGAUCAGAAAUCUGCCUCUGUCCCCGAUGCAUUUGUACCUUCUGAAGAAUUCAGUUUCAAACCACACAAACAUACUGAACUUCCGUCAAAGGGGAAAGAUGUGAAUUACUGUCCUGUACUUACCCCUCUCCCUCUGCUGCUGCCUCCUCCUCCACCUCCACCAAUGUGGAAUCCAAUGAUUCCUGCUUUUGACCUCUUUCAAGGAAAUCAUGCCUUUGUAGCUCCUGUUGUAACCACCGCUACGCACUGGAGACCCGUCAGCUACACGUUUCCCCCUCCAGUUAUUUCUCACACUUCCCCAACAAAGGUAUGGAGAACUAAAGAGGGAACAAGUGCUUAUCAAGUACAAGAAACCCCAGUUUCUCAGGUCGCAAGAAAGAAGACAUCAUCUUAUGUUGGACUAGUUCUUGUUCUCCUCAGAGGGCUUCCAGGAUCAGGAAAAUCUUUUUUGGCAAGGACUUUGCAAGAGGAUAAUCCAAGUGGAAUUAUUCUUAGUACUGAUGAUUAUUUUUACAUAAAUGGGCAGUAUCAGUUUGAUGUAAAGUACCUAGGAGAAGCACACGAGUGGAACCAGAAUCGUGCAAAAGAAGCAUUUGAGAAGAAGGUGUCUCCUAUAAUAAUAGAUAAUACAAACCUACAGGCAUGGGAAAUGAAGCCUUAUGUUUCUUUGUCUCAAAAACAUAAAUAUAAAGUCCUUUUCCGGGAACCGGACACGUGGUGGAAAUUCAAACCAAAGGAACUUGCGAGGCGUAAUAUUCAUGGGGUAAGCAAAGAAAAAAUAACAAGAAUGUUGGAACAUUAUCAGCGUUUUGUUUCAGUGCCAAUAAUUAUGAGUUCUUCAGUUCCAGAGAAAAUUGAACGUGUUGCGUUGUGUGCAUAUUCUUGUGAGGACAGAAAUACUAGCCCAAGAGACAAUGAAGAUGUUACCUCUGAAAAAGAAGAAAAUAUUUUAUCCUCAUCUUUGAAGCAUCUAGAGUUAACUGAAGAGAAGAAACUUGAAGUGGCCAAAGAAACUAUAUUACCUGAGAGUGUUACAUAUCUCUCUAAUGGAGAUUUAAACAAAGGAAGAACAGAAAUAAGUGUCACAAAUUCUCAGAAUCAGAGUGCUUUUAUUCAGGAAGUUUCAGACGUGUAUUUUUCUGAUUCUGAAAGCAAAGUACAAGCAAUAGAAAGUAAAAGAGAAGAGCAAGUAGAACUGGCUUCUGAAAAAGAGUAUAGUAAAACUGAUGCAGAUAGUUUUGUAGAGAGAAUGUCACCGAGUACUUGCUGUGGUGAAAAUAAUCAAGAAGACUAUGAUCUUUCAGAUACUGUGCCAUUUCAAAAUGAAAAAUCUUCACCUGGUGAAACAUUAGAAGAAAGAGCCACAGUAAGGAAAAAAGCCUUUGGAAAACAAAAAAGCAAGUCAACUUUGGAAAAGUUCCCAAGACAUGAGCUAUCAAAUUUUGUCGGUGACUGGCCAGUUGAUAAGACUAUUGGUCAGAGGGCCAAAAGGAACCGAAAAACUGAAAAAGCUUCAUCUAUACAAAGUGACAAAAAAUAUAAUCACCCUCAGUCACGCAAAGUAUUAGAUAAUACUCUAUCUGCAAAUAUAGAUCAUAUCCAGCAACAAGAAUCUCCAAAUGAAAGUACAGAGGAUGACAAGAAGUCACAGUAUGAUGAUGCUUCAGAAUCUUUCAAUUCCUGUCAAUAUGAUACGUAUAAAGAUACUGAAAAACAGUCAUUUAACAUUGUGGGUGACUGGCCUUCAUCUGAUUCCUUAGCUCAGAGAGAGCACAGGUCAAGAAUGCCAAAGGAUGGUUUAAAGGAACCCAACCUAGAAUUUGGAACUAAUGAGAGUAUGAAUGAAAUAGCCUUCCACAUAGCACAUGAGACCUGUUGUUGGGGCACAAGCCCUGAAGAAUUAAAAACCUUGGGUAGCUCCACUCUAGGGAGUUCUGAAACACUACCCAGUAAAGUGACCUGUGAGAAUAAGACUUGUCCAAGUAAAAAGAUUCAUAGACAGCAUACAUCAUCUCUCACUAGUACCAACAGUGGGCCAACUUUUCCUGGAGUAGUAGGACCACAAACUUCAGUUGAAUUUCCAGAAGGAAAACCUAAUACAGUCCCUGGAAUAGAAGAAGGCAUGAGUACCCAGACUGAACCACAGGAUUUUGCUCUCUUAUGGAAAAUAGAAAAGAAUAAAAUUAAUGUUUCAGAUUCUGUGAGAGUGUUAACAGGACAAUUAGAUGGAUUUAAACCAAAAGCUUUCAAUAUUAACACAAAGUUAGAUGUUCAAGAAACAAUUCCAUAUAGGGUAAUGUAUGAUAAGAGCACGUAUGUUGAAGAAAGUGAGCUUACCAGUGCUGAUGAAUCUGAAAAUCUUAAUAUUCUUUGUAAACUCUUUGGGUCCUUUUCAUUAGAAGCCCUAAAGGACUUAUAUGAGAGGUGUAACAAAGAUAUUAUUUGGGCCACAAGUCUCUUGUUGGAUUCUGAAACAAAAUUAUGUGAGGAUACUGAAUUUGAGAAUAUCCAAAAAUCAUAUGAUGAAGCACAAAUUGGGCCAUUUUCUCUGGGAUUAAAUUUGAAGGAAAUUAUUAGUCAGAGAAGAACUUUGGAAGAUUCUAGUUCUGUGCCAGAAUUUAGCCAUGGCACUGCUGUUAAUAACCCUCAUGUGCAAUCUACCUGUGAUUCAGAAGAGGGAAACUCAGAGCAGGCAGAAAUAAGAGCUAUAACUACUGAAAAACCUGUGUUAAUAACCGGUUUAUUUCCUAAUGCCACUCUAGGUCUAAAGAAUAAUAAUGAAGUACUUCCCAGUAGUCAGGUAGAACUUCCAGGUCUAUAUAACAUUAAGCAGUCUUUCCCAGGUACUCUAAAACCAACUCUUGCUAAAGAUACGAGUGAAAUGGAGAAGAAUCUAGAAGCCACGGAGAUUGGAGACAGUAUACAUUCUUUGAAUUUGUCUGCUAUUUUAAACUCUGUAUCAAGCACUUCAAAUCUUGAAUUAAAUGAAGAAGUUGACUUUACUGACUCUCUUGAAAUAAAGAAAAAUGAAAAUCUUCCAAAGGAUUAUAUGAGAUUUCCAAACACUGAAGAAUUUAUGAAUGAAGAUGAACAGGAAAUGGAAAAAAUUCUAAUGGCUGAGAGUACUUUCUCAGCUGAAGUUAGUGAAGAAGAUAAAACUGAGAUGUUGAAUCCCAUGCCAGUGAUGGCCAAAUCACUGACCAUAGACUGUCUGGAAUUGGCAUCCCCUGAGCUGGCUUUUCAGCUCAAUGAAUUAUUUGGCCCUGUUGGUAUUGAUUCAGGGUCUCUAACAGUUGAGGAUUGUGUGGUUCAUAUAGAUCUGAAUCUGGCUAAAGUGAUUCAUGAGAAAUGGAAAGAAUCUAUAAUGGAGCGACAAAGACAAGAAGAGGUAUCCUGUGGCAAGUUUAUGCAAGAUCCUUCCCUGGUUGAGCAUAUUGGUCUUGAUAAUCCAGAACAAAAAUCAUCUCAGAGAACAGGCAAAAAAUUACUGAAGACUUUAGCAGCACCUGAAAUGCUACCCUUAUUGGAUCAUUGGAACGCUCAAACUAAAAAAGUCUCACUCAGAGAAAUAAUGUCAGAAGAAAUUGCCUUACAGGAAAAACAUGAUUUGAAAAGGGAGGCACUUAUGUUUGAAAAAGAUUGUGCCACUAAACUAAAGGAGAAGCAGCUCUUUAAGAUAUUUCCAGCCAUUAACCAAAAUUUUCUGGUGGACAUUUUCAAGGACCACAACUAUUCAUUAGAACACACAGUUCAGUUUCUAAACUGUGUUCUUGAAGGAGACCCUGUAAAAACGGUCGUAGCGCAAGAGUUUGUUCACCCAAAUGAGAAUGUCACUUCUCAUACUACACAGAAGUCUAAGGAGAAAAAGGCAAAGAAAUCGAAAGAGACUGAAGAUACACCAAGUGAACCAUCUUUCCAGGAUUUUGAGUACCCAGAGUAUAAUGACUACAGGGCAGAGGCUUUUCUGCACCAACAGAAGAGGAUGGAAUGCUACAGCAAAGCGAAAGAAGCUUAUCGGAUGGGGAAAAAACACGUUGCCACGUUUUAUGCCCAGCAGGGUAGUCUCCAUGAGCAGAAGAUGAAAGAAGCCAAUCACCUUGCUGCUGUGGAGAUCUUUGAGAAAGUCAAUGCCUCCCUGCUGCCACAGAAUGUUUUAGACCUCCAUGGGCUGCAUGUGGAUGAAGCUAUAGAACAUUUGAUGACAGUUUUACAGCAGAAGACUGAAGAAUUUAAGCAGAAUGGUGGUAAGUCCUAUCUCUCUGUGAUUACGGGAAGAGGAAACCACAGCCAAGGAGGAGUUGCACGCAUCAAACCAGCCGUCAUUAAAUACCUCACAAGCCAUAGCUUCAGGUUCUCUGAAAUUAAACCAGGGUGCUUGAAAGUCAUGCUAAAGUAAAAAAAAAAAAAAAAAAAUCCUUGAUUUAGAGUGUGAAGGUUUGUAGGUUAAAAUUUGUUUAUUUGUGAUAAUUUAGUCAAUUUCCUGUAAAUAUGUGUUUAUUAUUCGAAAUGUCCAGUUGUAACAAAACAUUAUGAUGUUUUUCAGAAUUCAAGAGAAGUUUAAUUUUUUACUGAAUCAAAUGCCAAAUAGGUUGUCUGUUAAAAAUAUUAAAGAGAAUUUUUAUUGAUUAUAAAAUGUCUAAGAAAAUUAUCAGCUGCAGUUUUAAAGUUUGAAGUGCUCUGAUUCUUUCUCAGAAAAUGUUACCUUUAUAUAAAUUGUUGUUUAACAUUUAGUAAAAUUCUAAAGGCAUCUUUGAGAGGUUUUUAAAGUGCUUUGAGACCUGGUUCAUGCCCAUCAAAGCCUUGUAUUAAAAGAAGAAGGAAAUCUGACAAAAAACACUUGAAUACUUUUGAUUUCAAAACUAACUACAAAAAACCAUUUCAUUUUGCCAUAUUCUACAGGAAGGAAGACAUGCCGUUUGCACUUUCUUUUGUUUUGUAUAUAUCUUGAUCUCUUACCUUAUGUUGCGUGUAUGUGUGCAUUUUCUAGGAGGAAAGUUGGAGCCUGAGAUUAUAUUACACUUUUAUACUUUCUGUAGACAGAAAAGUUUUUAGAGAAGGAGAAAUGGUGAGGUAUCGACCAAGUAUUGGUGUCUUACUGAACUUCUAGAGCUGUGUAAGUGGUUUUCAAGAUGAUACUAAAGAACUAUAUUUUAUAUUUGAGGCAUAUGAUUUCUAAACUGCAGUAGGCCAAAGUCCUAUUAAUUUAAAACAAAUAUAGAAAACAUUUUUGAUAUAAUCUUAAAAGGAAUCUUUACAAUUUAAACGUUUUUUACAUUUGUUUUUAAGAUGAGCCAACUUUCUGAAAGGAAACUUUCAUUGACUUCUUUUUUGUGUGAGCUAUAAAAAGUCUUAUUAAUAUGUCAAUUAUAAUUUCAUUUAUACAAGUUUAGUGUGGUAAAGUAUAGUUUUCCAAUAUGAAACAAUGGUUUGAGUAAAUUUGACUUUGGAUAUAGAGAAUAUUUCCAAUAUAUGUAAUUUAACAAAUGGUUAUGUUGCUUUUUUGAUAAGCUUAAAAGUCAUUUGGAUCAGGAAUUACAGGGUUGAGUUGUUACUGAAAGAAUCCUGAAUUACAGAAUGUUUUCUCAAAAGAACAGACAUUUUAAUGAAAAUAAAACUCAAAAACACAUUUUUACAUAUCAUGAAAGCAUGCUUUUAAAAGAGCUGUAUCAUUAAAUUUAUUUCCACAAAAAUAAAAAUGUUUAUUAUUUAGAAACAGUGAGUGGUAUUGAAAUAUUAUUCUUGUUUGAUAAUAAUUUGUUAAAAAAAUCCAACAGUUUAGCAUAUGUUUUUUAUAAUAUCUAGAAGAGUUAUAUACAUUAAAAAUAAAGCAGUUCAAGAACUUACUAUAAAAAUAUAGUUAAUGAAAUAAAUAUUUCUAUGUAUAAAUUAAUAUGAUUUAAGAAAUGUGAAUAACAAUGCUAAAUCUGAAGUUAUUCAAGUGUGUGCAGCUGCAUACUCACUUUCCAUGUUUUCAUAUUUCUUCACCCGGUUUUAAAAAGCUUCACUUUUGUGCACUUCAGCUAAAUUUAUUUCAUUGUUAUUAUAAUUAUGAUUAAUGUGGGAGCAAUCAAAAAGAACAAGGGAUGAGGUAUUUUGUGGGCAGAAACCAAAUGAAACAAGCUAUGUUUUUUUGCUGUACCAACCUUAAUUUUAGGCUUUAUUUUGGUAAAUCUAGGGUAUUUUUUUCUCUUUUUAUUUUAUUUAUUUAUUCUUGAGACCCACACAGAGAGACAGAGAGAGGCAGAGACACAGGGAGAGGGGGAAGCAGACUCCAUGCAGGGAGCCUGACAUGGGACUCGAUCCCGGGUCUCCAGUAUCAGACCCUGGGCUGAAGGCAGUGCUAAACCACUGAGCCACCCAGGCUGCCCUAGGGUAUUUUUUCUUAAUCAUCAUUCAUAAGUAUGUAGGGAAAUUUUGAGUAUCUCAAGUGUUUUUAUGAAGUUGUUUAAUCCUAAACUGCCUCCUGCCCAACUGACUAGCAUAGUUUAAACAACAUGUAAUUAUGAAAGAAAACUUUAUAGUUUCUCCUUUCUUGUUUUGCCCAUUUCUAAAUUCUGUAUGCCAAAGGUAAACAUAGUUUGGGGAUUAUCAGAUUCUUCUCUUGCUCAUUCCAAACCCUAUAUGUCAAAAGUAGAAACUGUAGGGAGUUAUCAGUUAUCAAAGUUUUCAGGUAUUGGUAUAUUUGUGCUAAUACAUGAUGACUCGUUAGAAUGGCUCUUCACAAGUGUAUCAAUGUUCUAAAAGUACACCACUUCUGUAGUUUGGAAGGUCUUAGUAACAAUUACAUCUUUUCAGUAGUCUUCUCUUCUACCAGGAGAAAAAAAGAGAACUAAUGUAGAAACCACAGGGGAAAGUGGGUUGGACUAAGGAGUCUCUCUCUCUCUCUCUCUCUCUCUCUCUCUCUCUUUUUUUAAAGGAGUCUCUUUAACAGUAUUUUCAAAUCAUCUACUUCCUUCAACAUGAGACAUGGAAGCAUGUUAUCUUGGAUUUAUUGGCUGUUCAUAUAUCUCUAUUAUUUUCAAGUUGAGUUUUUUCCCCCCCAAUUUAUUAGUGUUUCCAUACUAUUUACAAUUCUAUGGCCUUUAAAUAUAGGACAUAUUAUGUAGUAGAAAUUCGGACUUACACUUUUAAAGUGUCUUUGGUAUUAUAACACAUUUUGAGAGGAAAAGCUAACCAAUUCUGUUGGAUUGUUUCCAGUCCUUAUUUUGGUCUUUCUCUUUUUAAAUUCAAGUGUUUUGUGUGCUUAGAAAAAGGAUGUUAUAAUAGCAAGAUUGGUUAUUUCUGAGCUGGAAAUUGGAAACUCUUGAGACUCAGGAAAUUGCUCUGACAAUGUUUUAACUGCUCUCAAUUUAAGAAAAUGACAAAAUGUAUUUAAAAAAGACAAAAAUAAUGUGUGCUGUUUUUCCAAGUGGUUUUUCUAAGUGCUUUUCCAUUGUGCAAUGAAGUGAAGUUUGGUAAUUUUCUGUGUAGUGGUUAAAUAUUGCUUAUUUUUAUUUACAUAGUAAAAUGUGUACAAAAAAAGUGUCAUUUCAAAGGUAAUUUAUGUAGAAUGUAUGUUAAUGGUGCUUAUUUUUAAAAUGUAAUUCAAGUUUACAUAUUACUUAAUGCCUCUACAGAAUUUAGUAGAGAAGCAAGGCUGGAAUACAUGGAUAUCCCGAAGAGCCUUUUGUAACUUAACAUUAUCUAAUGACAGACUUUAUUAUUUUCCUUAAAGUUGAGCAGUUGACUUUUAUGGUCCAAAUGAUGAACCUGUUAUUAACAAAUGAUUGAAAUUAACCACAAAACUUCUCAUUAAAAUGUAAUAUUGCAGCUAUCAGUUGGAGAAUAUAUUAUAAAAUUUUCAGACAGUAUAUCAGAAAUGAAAUGUUUUUAUUUGUACUAUAAAGAAAAUGUAAUUUUGCUGUUAACUCUGUACUUUUUUAUUGAAAAUGUUUUAUAACUUUGCUUUUAAAAUUUCUUAUGAAACCAUUUGCAAAUUACAUACUUAAUUUAAUAAAGUACUUUAGCCAUGG